AUGGAGGCCGGGCUGCUGAGCGCCGUCCUGGGCAUUAUCCUGGUGCAGGUGGAAAUGACCACGCAGGACCUGGACCUGCAGAAGAUUGCAGGGUUCUGGCGGGAAGUUGGGGUGGCCUCCAGCCAAAACCUGGCACUGCAGACCCCAAAGAGGCUGGAGGCCUUGUUCCUGACCUUGAGUGGGGAGGAGCUGACCGUGAAGGCUGCGUAUAACAGUUCAGGAAGCUGUGAGGCUGAACAAAUAGUGAGCUCAGAAAUAAAUGUUUCGGGGAAAUUUGUUUUCCUGGGUGCCCGGGAGAUCCAGGUGACAGACACAGACUACGGAUAGUACGCCAUCCCGAGGGUGUCCCUCCACUGGCGGGACGAGGAAUUCCACGUGCUCAAGUAUUUCAUUUGGAGCCUUGAGGGCGAGUAUGAACCAGGCUUCUGGAAGUUCUGGGAGUUGACCGCAGACACGGGACUGUACCUGGUGGCCCGGCACGAUGGGGAGCCGCUGUCCCCGCCUGGGGGCACGACGCUGUGGGUGAGAAGCAAGUACCAGCAGGCGGGGCUGCCUCUGGCCGCCGUCUGGGCGGCAGGAUGCUGCUGGUUGGCCAAUCGCUGA